UGCACAUGUGUCAAAAUACAGAGCUGUCAAAUAUAAUCGGCAUCAGCAAAUACUCGGAGAAAAGUAGUUUUUCGCAUUGGAGAUUAAAUGCUGAUAACGUAGUCAAUACAUUUGAAAAUUAACUAGUUUAUGUAUUGUGUUUCCCUAAAUAUCAGCACUGAACGUUAUAUUUAUAAUUAAUGAUAAUGUCAUCUCCCGAGACUAAACUAGAGCUCUAUGAUGAUUACGCCUCGGCGACAGAAUCGAUGGAAGGCCAAAUGUCCGUCCCAACCACAAGCCGAAACUCGACAAAUCCUGGGGCGCCCAAUUUCAGCACGCUCGAUGAACCCAUCAAAGAAACAUUCCUUCGCGACGUUAAGGCAGUCGGGCUAAAAUUCUUUCACGUACUUAUACCGAAGGAAAAGAACACACUGCUGCGAGAUUGGGAUCUAUGGGGUCCACUGAUUUUGUGCACUUUUAUGGCGACAAUUUUGCAGGGCUCAGCAGACGAUAUGUAUGACGGGGGUCCGGAGUUCGCUCAGGUUUUUGUGAUCGUGUGGAUCGGAGCGAUGAUUGUCACACUGAAUUCCAAAUUGCUGGGAGGAAACAUAUCGUUUUUCCAGUCGGUUUGUGUGCUGGGGUACUGCCUGACACCCUGUGCUAUAGCACUUCUGCUAUGUAGGAUUAUUCUCGUGGGUGAGCAGACAACGUUUUUGUUUGCUCUGCGGUUACUAGCAGCAGGAACCGGCUUUGGUUGGGCUACUUAUGCAUCCAUCAUAUUCCUAGGAGACAGCCAGCCAGUCAACCGGAAGGCCCUUGCCGUCUACCCAAUUUUUCUGUUCUAUUUCAUCAUUUCGUGGCUAGUGGUAUCCCAUAGUAACGUUUAAUGGUCAAACUCGAAGGGCGCCAAAAGAGCACAGGACCAUUUGCAAUAGGAGAGCAGAGACAAAAUGACGGAAGUUCGGGAGCCACCGGUUUUACCGAAUCGAGUUAAGUGAAAGGUGAUUCUAGCUAAUCCUUCGAAUGUGAUGUAUAUAAAUCUAGUGGCAAAGCUAGGGGUGACUAUUAGUAGCAAACGUCGCCGCACAGCUUGAGUAUGAGUCGCUUUUUAUCAAUCGAAAACAUUCUAUAAUUUAA